AUGAUCUUCACAUACUGGCUCUCGUUUGGGGCGGCAGCCGCAUUCGCGUCUAUACCCAACAUAAGCAGCAUUCCGCAAAAUCAAUGCUACUCACUCAAGACUUAUACUGUCACUGAGACUGAGACCAUAACAAGCUAUGACACGUCGACUGUUCCUGUGUCUUUCUAUAGUAGUUAUGCGCAAACGCCGGUAGAGGAACCUACAGUUACAAUUACUCACGAAGUGACGAUAUCCAUCACCAAUUCAGAGACUCCAGUACAACAGGUCACUGAGAUUUCUAGCACUCCAGCACAGCAGGUCACUGAGUUUACUAGUGAUGUCGAAUAUGUGACAUAUCCAACUUCAUAUCCCACUUCCACCGUGUCGUGCUCUGCACCCUGGUACAACCCGUCGAACACACAGUGCGUCACCGUCACGAAAUGGAUCACUACGACAAAGACAACUACCAGGCCAACGACGGUUACUAAGCCAAUAACUAUAACUGCAAUCAUUACCAAAGAAAUUACUGUGACGAAAACAAGAACUAAGACGACCACUGUUACGACGCCGUCAACUAUCGUCAUUACGGUACCGACGACUAUCACAGAGACAGUGACUGAACCCACUACUUUAACAGAGACAAUCACUAGCAAUAUCACCAUUAUAGAUACAGUGACGGACGAGACUACCACUACAACCACGGAUGAGGUCACCACCACCGAUACGCUGAUUUAUACAACAGUGGUUCCAACAACGAUCACGGAGGUGAUAACUACAACUAGCCUCAUACCUGUAAUCACUACGAUUGAUCAUACAGUGACGAGUACAAGCUAUAUAACCACAACCUUUGUGACCACUGUUCUUAUUACUAGUAGUGUUACACAGACGGUCACUACUACUGAUAUUACUACUACUACCGAUGUCGUUACUACCACUGAUAUCACCACUGAUACUACUACCACUACUGAUAUCGAGACAAUCACUUACAUUACAGUAGUACCGACGACAAUCACAGACGUAAUAACUACAACUACUGUCUCCCCUACAACAAUCAUUAUUGAUCAUACAUCGACGAUCACGAGCUAUGUUACCACGGCAUAUCCGGUCACAGUGUUCAUUACUACUUAUGUUACGGAGACGAUCGUUACAACUACUACUGCUACUGAUACUACCACUACCACCGAUAUUACCACCACGACUGAUACUGCAACAACUACGUAUACCACAAUAGUCCCAACAACUUCUACAGAGACAAUAACAACGACUGACUUUGUACCUACAACAGUUGUGGUUAAUUUCACAUCAACCACAACUGAGUUUAUCCCUACAACUUACACGACUGAGAUCGAAGUUACCAGGAAUGUUACACAAGUCGUAACAGAUACCGUGACAGAUACUGCUACGACAACAACUACUUCGGUGUCAGUGUCAGUGUCGCCAACAACAGAUACCGUGACGGACACCACGACCGCUACUACUACGGCUAUCUCCGUAUCGCCAACAACAGAAUUCACAACAGAGGUUACAACCGAGGUCACCACAUCUCUGGUGACUCUGACUACAACGACUACAUUUGUUACAGUGUCAUUGAUCUCAGUCACUGAUUCGGUAACGAGCACCACUAGCUUUACAACAACCCAGGUGAUCACAACCGUGUCACCGACAACCAUAACAUUGCCGCCGGUUACCCUGACGAUCCCUCCUGUUACGGUGACAACUACAUCUGUCAUUACAGCAGUAAGCACGUGUCCUAUACCGGCAAACAGUCCCGGGGCAGCGGUCCCUCCAUACGAUCCCAAAUCAAACCGAACAUGGGGUUGUUUGCCCGGGACAGUUUGCAAUAAGCCGAAAACUGGUGGCUGCAAUGUCUAUGCAGACUUACCAGACGUCACGUAUGUCUGUGAAAAUCAGGCGUGGUGUAUCCCUUCUCCUUCAUAUCCGAACGUCAGAUGGAAAGAGAACAGCACGAGCUACUACCCCCCUACCGAAGGGUACUUUUACCUCGCGCCUGCAGCUUUCGGGCUUAGCAAUGAUAUAUUCGAGGUCAAUUAUGUCCCCGUCGUCGAAGAUGGCGUCCUCACGACUAUAGCUACCGGGAACUGGGGGACUCAGACAGACUUGACGGCCUACCCCCCGUCAACAACUGGAACGGCGCAUCCCACAUCGAAGCCAAAGCAGCGUAGAUCUGAUUUACUCUUCAAGCGAGGACCUGUGGCGCCAGCUGUGUGCUUCGAUACAUGCCAGAAUGCCAAUCUGGAAGCCCAAGCCGUAGGAAAAUCUCCACAACUGUGCGAUGCAGGUUCCGCUUUCCGGAACUACUACAAGUCAUGCAACGACUGUAUCGAUGAUAAUACAGAGGACGCACAGGCUUCAAAGAGAGAUUAUUUGGAACCAGCCUUCGCUCAAUGGAUCAACUAUUGUGAUGCAACGAGCCCUACUGCUGCCUCCAGCGGCAACGGUGGGCAAGGCCAAGUCUCAACCACAGGCUCCGGGACAACGGUACCUGGCUCGCAGCCAACAUCCGUAACAAGCGCUGUGUCAAUUCCCUCAGUCUCGUCUGAAUCCUCAGCUACAGCUACAGCAACCUCAUCAGAGCCAACAUCGUCGACGGUAUUCCCCACAUCAUCUUCGGAGGUGACAUCCUCAUCCCCAUCCAGUCCUGCGCAAGAAAGCAGUAGCUCCUCACCUGGUGCAGGUACGGGUUCCGCGUCGGUAACCUCGCCAGUAACCACGCCGCCAGCUACACUGACCUCAACCGGCAAUCCCACGAUCUCGACAACGGUGCCUUCAAGUACCUUCGCCUCAACCAGCUCCGUGGUAACCGCUGGCGCACAUAAGAACGCGAUCGCGAGUCCCGGGUCGCUUUUCUUCACCCUUCUUUCUAUUCUCUUCGUAUUCUAA